AUGGCGAUGCACGGGGCCUCACGCCUGGCCUGGUGUCUCCGUCGGGUCGGGGCCAGCGCCGACUGGCUGCUGCUGGAGGCCGGUACUCAGGUAACUGUAGGCCGAGGACUAGAUCUCACCUACCAGCUCGUGUCAAAAACCUGCCCCUUAAUGAUCUCUCGUAAGCACUGUGUUUUCCAGCAAAAUGCAGAAGGACAGUGGACUGUCAAGGAUAACAAGAGUCUAAAUGGAGUCUGGCUUAACAAACAGCGCCUGGAUCCCUCAAAAGCCUAUCCUAUCACUGAAGGAGACCGUAUCCAGUUGGGAGUGCCUUUGGAAAACAAAGAGACUGCUGAAUAUGAGUAUGAAGUGAUUAAAGAGGAAUGGGAGAAAAUUAGACCUUUUUUGGCUCAAAGGAGUGAUCUAGGGAAAGCGAAGAGUUCAAGAACUAAACGUAAAUUUAAUGUGGAAGAAUUGGAAACACCUGAAUCAGAAGGCCCUUCAAACUCCAGAUCCAAAAGAAACAGAGUGUACUGUGAUAGUGAACCUUUGGGUAAAUCAUGGGGAAGGGUAGAAGAGGCCAAACCAUUAGAGAAUAUGGAUGUCAAGCUGCUUUCUCCUGGACCAAGUGAAGUGGAUAGUGAUCCAGUGUGUAGUAGCCCUGUACACACUGAAAAAGCUGUGUCUGUCCCAUGUAAUGUCCAGAAAGACUCUGGUCUUGCACAGUCAUGGACUGGCUUGGAAACGCUGAGGAAAAGUCUAGUAGAUACAAUGAAGUUAAAGGUCAAAAUGCAGGAGAAGCAGACAGCAGUUCUGAACAUAAAACAGAAGCACAAAAAGUGUGCUCAGAAGGAGAUCCUGGCGAUGGAGCAGGAGCUACAGGAGUUGCAGGACCAGCUGUGCAUAGAACAAGAGCAUCAGCAGCAGCAGGUGGAAGAGCUGGAAAGGACAUUCUCUAAAGAGAAACAGAAGCUGAAGGGAAUAGAGAGACAACAUGGGCAAGAGAACCUAAAGGAGCAGCUGGCCCAGGUCCUGCAAGAGCAUCAUGCUUUGAUGGAAGAACUGAGCCGUAGUAAAAAAGAUUUUGAGGAGAUAAUUCGAGCCAAGAAUAAAGAACUGGAAGAAACCAAGGAGGAGAAAGAAAAGGUGAGAGCCCAAAAAGAAGAGGUGUUGAAUCAGAUGACUGAUGUGUUGGAGAAUGAGUUGCAGUGCACAAUCUGUUCUGAGCACUUUAUUGAGGCAGUCACCUUGAACUGUGCACACAGUUUCUGCUCCUACUGUAUUAGUGAGUGGACAAAACGUAAAGUGGAGUGCCCUAUCUGCAGGCAGGAGAUCAAAUCAAAGACACGCUCUCUGGUGCUGGAUAACUGCAUUGACAGGAUGGUAGAAAAACUGGAUGUGGAAACGAAAGAGCAUCGCCUGAGCCUUAUCAGAGAGCGGAAAGAGAAACAGGAUGUGUUGGUGAAACCAGCCACAGACAAUGAGAGACGUAUCAUUUCUUCCAUCUACCGCCUCAUGUGGGCGAGUCGUUACGACAGUGAGGACUCCGAGGAGGAUUCUUACUAAAAUGGAAGCUACUACCUUAUCUAAACUCUGUUACUGCAAACUUGUUUGCCUGUGUCCUGCACAGGACCAACCUAAUGGUUGACUGCUGCUGGAUGAGUGGACAGGACAUCUGGAAUAACAGACUCUAUGAAGAGGCUGGAGCUCAGAACUAGCAGCAUUUGGAAGAAGGACCUUUUUAAAUGAAUGUACAGAUCUUGAUCUCCAAAGCAAAAUUGGGAUUGUGAGAGGACAAACUACAGUUGUGCUAGACAAUUGACAUGCAAAGCUUAGACUUCCAUGAUGGCUUGUGACCUGCUUUGUAUAAUGUCAUAGUUUAUCUGCGUCACUGCCCCUUCCUUAGUGAACAUGUAAAUGUGUACAUCAGCUUCCCUUAAUUCAGGCAGCAGAGGGAAGGGCCCAAGAUAUUUGAGAACGUGGCCAUCCCCCUACCAGCAGGCAUG